AAGCACCUGAGCCAUAGCAAGUGGCCUUGGCUCUAUCUGUCUUCUUUGGGGACUAGAUAUCUCAUCUCCAGAGGUGGCAUUUGGAACUGGGGGUCUUUGCCAUUCCUUCCCACCAGGAGGAUCAGUUAAACCCGCUGCCAUCGAGUCGAUUCCGACUUAUAGCAACCCUAUAGGACAGAUCAGUUGGAUGGCUUUAAAACUCGUCUGUAUAUACCGCUCACCUUCAGGACCAGUUUUCCUGGCCCCAACUUCUUCCCCUGGCGCAGGUGGCCCAGGUCACGCCUUGUCUGCUGUCUCCGGAGACUGGAAGGUAGAAGGUGAUCAUGGUGCUUUCCUGAGCCAGAGCCCUUAGGUGGGUUUCCCACCAGGAUGGGAUGGACCCUGCUGGCCAGGAACCGAGCAUUCUCAUGGCCGGUCACCAGGCACAUGACUGUAGCGAGUUAAGCCAUUCUAUUUGUAGGGCCAGGAAGUUGGGACCAGGACACAAGGACAAAGCAUAUGAGCAUGGACACCCAAACCACAGAUUGAGGCUAAAUUAGGAACAAAAGAGAAUUUAAAAAGUAUUCAGAUUUUUAGGAGCUGUGCUUACGGUAAACCAAGAAGGGAAGCCUGGUGGGAGAUAAUCUAACAAGGUGAAGUUCAGUAGCAACACAUGUGAAGAGCUGUGGUGGUUUUGGAGAAGCGGCCUGAGUUACACAGGGGCCCGAGGGCAUGAACAGGCUCAGCCUGUGUGCGUGCAGGGGCUGGAGGACAUGAAUGGGCUCAGCCUGCAGGCAUGCAGGGGAUGUGAAUGGGGUGGGCCUGGGGCCUGCAGGGGCAUGCUCUCAGUAGGCAGAGGCAGGGUAGUGAGCCUGCCACAGAGGCUGAGUUAGUACAAGGGCAGCAUCUAAAAAUAAAGUGGAUAUUGUUUGUGUCUCAUAGACAGACCAGUAUUAGUGCUGUGUGCCAAGCAUAUUGUCAAGUGUGAUAUGCACAUCAUUUCAUUUUUACGCAAGCAGUGUAAGGUAGGGACAUUGGCUCCCAUUUUAUAGGUUCGUCAACUUACCCAGAAUCACAUGGUUAGCAGCAAAGUUGGAUUUGAACUUGACUCUGCCUCGAUUCCAAGGCUUGUGUGCCUAAUCUCCAUUUUCUCCUGCUGUCCUCUGUGGUGUCCUGCUUCUGACUGCGUCAUAUUAAAGGGACAGCGACACUAGAAGGUUGAUCGGGACCACAAGGGGCCAUGGGACAAAGCCAUGGAAGGGACGAGGUGAGUGAAGGAGCAGGUGAGAUUGAGCCAGGAGUAGAGAGCUCUUGGUGGGAAAGCUUCUGCAGAUCCGAGUGAAGACCCGGCGCCAGGGGGUCCCUGUGAGACAGCUUUGGGUCCAGCAUAAACUGCUAUGUUCAAGAAGGGAGACCUUCUUGGAGGUAGGUACCCCUUGCAGGAUAGCUGCAGUGGGAGACCAGGGGUCCACCAGGGGGAAUGUUCUAGAGAGGAUGUUGUCAUUCGUGGGAUGGGCAUGGCACUAAGACCCUGGCCCCAUAAGACUCUGACCUCAGAUGCCUGGAGUUCAGCUCUAGCCUGGCCCCUUUCUGCUUGCACACCUUCACUUCUCUGAUCGUAGUGUAUCGGGCCUAGUUACUUGCCAGCUACAGAGCCAGUGCCCAGUCAGUGUCAGCUGUUGGUAAUGAUAAUUUCAUGAUGGCAGCUGUGCCCAAAGGCUGCCAGGCAGGUUCUCUGGCUGGGUCCACCAGUCUUGCCCCAGGCUGGGCCUACUCCCUUCUGUGAAGAGAUCCUUUCUUACAUGGACUCCCAUGGACAGUCCUAGUAAAUAACUGCAUCUUUUUAAAAGAACCAAAACACGAGUGAAUGAACCAGACCACAACCAUAGAAUAUACCUGGGUGUCUACAGGACUCCAAGUUCCCUGGAGGGACUAGUUCUAGAGGUCGGACCCCAGGUUUCAUUCCUAACCACCGCUUUCUCCCUUGAGAGUUGGGCAGGUGCCCUGAGUGCAGCAACUAAAUGAGAUGCUGUGUGCAGGUGAGACACAAAUGAUAAUCACAGCUGGGCACCCCCUUGCCCACAUUCAGAGUAGGGUGGGUCCUAAGCCCUCAUUCCUUCUGAGUGGUGUCUUACACAGAGAAAAGAGGAUGAGUCAUACACACACACACACACACACACACAAACACACACGACACCACAUGAGGAUCUGUCCACAAGCCAACAAACACCUGGGGCUAUAGAAGCUGAGUAAGACUAGGAAAGACCUUCCUUUAGAGACCACAAAGAGAAUAGCUCUGCUGACACGCUGAACUUGGACUUCUAGUCUCCAGAGCGGUGAGACAGUAAAUUCUGAUCUUUGAAGCAUUUUGUGACAUUUAUGUUAUGGUAGCCCUAGGAAACUAAGACAGUUGCUGUCACCAAAUCCAGAAUACAGUUCUGAGCUUCCCAUAGCCGUGGUAAAAAGGGCAAAAAGGAUAUGCCUGGUUCCCACAGCAAUUAAGGCAAAACUGCCCCUUGCAUUUUCCUUAUGAGCCUCCCCCACUUCUCAGAAUGGUUGUUCUGCACAAAGAGGAUUUAUUGGGAUCAUCAACUGUCCCUGCCUGUGUGGUCCCUAUGGGCCAGCUGGUGGGAGGUGUCAGUGUGGAGUACAGGUUAGAUCAUCAGCUUUGCUUCCUUGUCUCCCUCCCCCCUGAGCCACCCUCAUUGUCUCCCCGAAGCCUCCAAGCCAGAGCCUGGUGCCAGGCCUGGCUGGGCUCAGUGGAGGUGGCCGCUGCCUGUAGAUGGGGGGUGCCCAGCAGGACGCCUCUCCACAGCUCAGAGGAAAGGUCAUGCAGCCCUGGAUGCCGGCAGAGAGCAGAUAUCAAAGCCCUGUAGAAUGAAGAGGUUCUCCCCCUUGCCUGGGAUUUCACAGGCUGCUGGCCAAUUUCUAAGUCAUGCACACUAAUGGGCAGCUAAUGAGGGGCCUGCUGGUAGGGCAGACUGUGGCCCCUGGCCCCAGAAGCCAAGAUGAAGGAGGUACAAAGCCCCCAGCUGCUGAUUAAGGCCUCUUUGUCUUCUUUCUCACUGCAAUCAGGAGGCCGGGUUUGGGGGAAGGAGUAAAAUGGCUUGACUCCGGGUGAAUGCCCAGGGAGAGCUGUGUGCAGUAUUGCAGGGUGUGCGACCUGGGCAGAGAGUGACACAGUGUGUGCCCCCUCCACCACCCUGCCUGUAGCCACAUCCACAGUCCCCGCUCCGUGCCGUGUCCAGUGCCGUCGUCAGGUGUUUUAAACCUCCAGCAUGGAGGAGGUGGAGCUAAAGCCCUGCUGUAGCAAGAAUGGCUUACCCGGCACAGCCCCCCUAGGUCUAAGCCAGGGAACCCCAGAAUGCAGUGGGCCUUUCCAGGAGCACCAACUUCUGCCAUGACUGAGGCUUCACACAAGAUGUUCCCACCUUCCAGAAGGUUUUGUCCCGCCCUUCACCUUUGGGAUACCAAUUUCUCCACCCCACGCCCAAUAUUUCUCCCAUUGGACCAUGGUUAUUGUCUGAUCUUGACCUUGGCCACCAGAGUAGAGACCCUUCUCUUGCCCUUCUGAGUCCUAAGUCCUGGCAUACAGUAGGCACUUGAUCAGUCAGUGUUUGUUGAAUGACUGAUUGAGAACACAAUUGGAUCCCAGAUAUGUGGGGUGUAGUAGGUUGGAUGGUGGCCCCCAAAAAGAUUCGUCUACCUGGAACCUUGUAAACAUGACCUUGUUUGGAAAAAGGUUUUUUGCAGAUGUAGUUAAGUGGAAAAUCUUCAGAUACAUUCGUCCUAGAUUAUCUGAACGGACCCUAAGUUGAAUGACAAGUGCCUUAUAAGAAGAAGAGUAGACACAGAAGAGGAGAAGGCGGAGGCCAAGCAAUACCUGGAACCACCAGAAGCUGUGAGAGAGAGGUAAGGAAGGAUCCUCCCCUAGAGCCUCCAGAAGGAGCAUGUGCUCCAGAACUAUGAGACAGUAACCUUCUGCUGCUUUAAGUCACCAAGUCUGUGGUAAUUUGUUACAGCAGCCACAGGAAAUGAAUACAUGGGGGAAACCAACCUUCCUUUUCAUCUCUCUUCUGGAGUCUGUACUCAUCCAUCCAUCCAUUCACUCACUCAUUUGUUCACUCAGGACUUCUGUCCAGGGCCUUGUCAGGAUCAGAGUCAGGGCUGGGGGUGCAGGGAGGCAGCAGGACAUGGCAGGCCUUGCGAUGAGGUCCUGUCGCUUGCCAGCCAUGACACUGUGAACCACGAGCUGACCGUGCCUGAGUGCCACUCCUGCUCGGGAUGUGGGGAUGGUGGUAGCACCCCCAGAGAGUCGGUGUAAGGAUCCAGUGAGCUAGAGAGUGUACUCAUGGCAGGCCCCACUCACGGUAACCCUCCUUUCAGGGUAGCAAUUUCAGUGCUGCCUAAGAUGGUGUCCCAGCUCCCACCUCACAUUCUGGCUCUGUGUUCACUGGGGAUGUGGGAAGCUGGUGGUUCAGCAGGUCACACAUUAUUGAUAACCCACUGCCAUGCAGGGCCACUAACCAAAUCCGCCCUUGAGGUAACCAGAGUCAGGGGCUGAGGAAGUAAGAAACCACACCAGAAAAAGGCCUUUGGGGCUGGUCUGGGGCUGGCAGAUAAGGACUGAUUAGAGGAGGUGGGGCUCUGGGCUCUGAGGAUGGCUAUGUUAGAACAGUGGUUCUCAAGGUGGGGAGGAGCCUGAGUGUUAGGGACUACUCGUUAAAAAUGCAAAUUCCCAGACACCCCCCCACCCCCCAUCAGAACUGCUGAAUGGGAAACCCUGAGGGUGGGCCCAGCUGUCUGUUUUCACGUGCCGCCAGGGGAUUCUGAUGCAUGUUGGGGUUGAGAGCGGGGAGUUAGAGGGAGCCUGGAUUCCAGGAUUAAUCAGGUCCGAAUGAGAAUUCACAGUGUGACCUUUAUGUGCUGCAUUUCCUGGGACGAGGCCAUUUCCAAUAUUCUGCUGUCUUUGCUGGCCAUGUAUCUGAUGGUGAGUGCCAACGGGGUUUCGGAGAAGUGGUCACACAGUGGAGUCUCUGCACUCAAAGCGUGAGCGGCAGCAUCAGCCUUCUGAGAGCUAGUUAGGGAUGCAGAGUUCAAGCCCCACCCAGGCCGCAUGAACUUGCAAGUGCAUUUGAACAAGCCCCCCAGGCCAUGUGAGGAGCACUGGUUGGAGCUGGGAGGAAGAGGGAAGUGGAAGGAGCCAGCCCUGAGGAAGCACCUGCCCAUAGCCUGCGUGAUGUCCACGCAGGAGCUUACAUCCCCUUGGCCUCUGCCACGUGGGUACGUGAGCCUCCUCUUGCAGGUGAGGAAGCCGCCGGGCGUCUUAGGUUUCUCAUGUUGCUCUAACAGAAAUACCACUAGCAGAAUGGCUGUCACGAAUGAAUUUAUUCUCUCACGGUUUAAGAGGCCGAAAGUCUGAAUUCAGGGUGCCAGCUCUACGGGAAGGCUCUCUCUCUCUCUCUGUUGGCUUUGUCGGAAGGACCUUGUCAUCAGUCUUCCCCUGGUUUAGGAGCUUCUCAGUGCAGAGACCCCAGAUCCAAAGGAUGUGCUCUGUCCCUGGCACUUCUUCCUUCGUAGGAGGUCCCUCUCCUCUCUGGUCAACUCUCUCUUUUAUAUCCCAAAAGAGUUGGACACAAGAUACAACCUAAUCCUGUAGACUGAGCCUGCCUCGUUAACAUAACUGCCACUAAUCCUGCCUCAUUAACAUCACAGAGGUUAGGAUUUAUAACACAAGGAUAAUCACAAUCAGAUCAUAAAAUGGUAGACAACCACACAAUACUGGGAAUCAUGGCCUAGCCUAGUUGACACAUAUUUUUGGGGGACACAAUUCAAUUCAUAACACUGGACCUCAGAGCUCACCCUGUGGGCAAGUGGCAGGACCAGACCCUGAGGGUCUGCACUCUUUCCAUGCCACCUUCCUCAGACCGGGACCUCAGAGGGCACCGGAGGGAGUAGGCCUUGAGAAAGUGACCUCGGGGGUCACUGUGGUGUACCCCUGCUGCUUUGAUUUUUCCAGCUGUGCUGCUGUAACCCUGGGUGGGGGGAUAAGGGCAGCCUGAGAAAGCGCCACCCGCCAGGGAGGGGCUGAGCCAGGAUAGGGGCGGAGGAAGGAGUCUUAAGACUUCACCCAGCCCUGGCUCGGACAGAAGUCUCAGAAGCAGCAAGUCCUUGGGUCAGAUGGCCCUGCCCACUUGUCCCUGUCCUCCAAGGACUUGGGACAUGACCCCUACACAUGUUUUCUAGGGCCCCUUAACUAAGACUCAUUUACCCCCCAACAGAGCUAGAAUCUGCCUUUUUCUACCCUUCCGGACUCCAGAAAAGCAGCUGGCCUGCCUAGAGAGAGCCUGACUGGUGGCUGAGGACCCUCUCUUGCCCUGAAGUUGCCAUCUGGUGGUGAGGACUAGUGUAUCAGCAGGGGGGCUUCAGCUGGGAGCAGAGGGGUCGGGAGGAUUGCCAGGAGGGAGAAUCGGAGCUUUGGAAGUAGGGGGAGGUCCUUGGGGCUGAGUGGUAGGCCGAAGCGAAGAUAAAUGGGUAGAAAGAAGGGUGGGGGAAGGAAGUGGGCAUUUGUUUAGGGGAGGAGGGCCAGAUGUUAUGGGCGCAUGACAACCAUAUGCUUUGGGAGGGGGCAGAGGCAAAGGAAGAAGUAGAUGGUGUCUUGGGGAGGGGGAGGUAGACCCCUGCAGGGAGGAACUUGGUAUCAAGCCCUUCCCCUCCUUCCUCUGUCCCCUUUAGCUAUGGAGGGACAGACCCCAGGAAGCAGAGACCUUGCAGAAAAAUCCCCCCUUGCUGCGCACCCCCGCAGCUUGUCCUCGCUUGGGGCUGUCUUCAUUCUGAUGAAAUCCUCCCUGGGGGCUGGCCUGCUCAACUUUCCCUGGGCCUUCUACCAGGCCGGUGGGUUGGCCCCGGCCUUCCUUGUGGAGCUGGUCUCCAUGGUCUUCCUGAUCAGCGGGUUGCUCAUCCUGGGCUACGCGGCCUCUGUAAGCGGCCAGUCCACCUAUCAGGGUGUGGUCCGCGGGCUGUGUGGCCCCAGCGUCGGGAAGCUAUGUGAAGCCUGUUUCAUUGUCAACCUGCUCAUGAUCUCCGUGGCCUUCCUCAGGGUGAUCGGGGACCAGCUGGAGAAGCUGUGUGACUUCCUCCUGCCCAGCAUGCCGCUGGCCCCACAGCCCUGGUACACGGACCAGCACUUCACCCUGAUCCUGCUCUCCAUCCUGGUCAUCCUGCCACUGUCCGCCCCGCGGGAGAUCAGCUUCCAGAAAUACACGAGCAUCCUAGGCACCUUGGCUGCCUGCUACCUGACCCUGGUCAUCAUGGUGCAGUAUUACCUCUGGCCCCUGGGCCUGGUUCGGGAGCCCCGUGUUUUGCAGAGCCCUUCCUCCUGGACCUCUGUGUUUAGUGUCUUCCCUACCAUCUGCUUCGGAUUCCAGUGUCAUGAAGCCGCUGUCUCCAUCUACUGCAGCAUGCGCAACCAACGUCUCUCCCACUGGGCCCUGGUUUCCAUGCUGUCCCUGCUCCCCUGCUGCCUCAUCUACUCGCUGACAGGAGCUUAUGGCUUCCUGACUUUCGGGGCAGGUGUUUCUGCUGACAUUCUGAUGUCCUACCCUGGCAACGACGUGGUUGUCAUCGUCGCCCGAGUCCUCUUCGCCGUCUCCAUUGUGACCGUCUACCCCAUUGUGCUCUUCCUGGGGAGGUCAGUGCUGCAGGACUUCUGGAGGCGGAGCUGCUGCAGGGCCCUGGCUGACCCUUUGGGGCUGGGGGUACGGAUGCCGCUGACUGUCUCGUGGGUCGCUGUGACACUCACCAUGGCCCUGCUCCUGCCCGACCUCAGUGAGGUCAUCGGCAUCAUUGGCAGCAUCAGCUCCUUCUUCAUCUUCAUCUUCCCAGGUCUGUGCCUCAUCUGUGCCAUGGACGUCGAGCCCUUGGGGCCAAGACUCAAGUGCUGCCUGGAGCUCUGGGGUGUGGCCUCCGUGCUGGUGGGCACCUUCAUCUUCGGCCAGAGCAUGGUGGUGGCUGUCCUGGAGCUGUUCUGAACAGGAGGGUCCUCCGCACACCACCGUCUACUCCCCGACAGACGUCACUUGUUUCCAACAUAAACACCUUCGCCUUUGCAGGCUGCUCAUCUGGGCUUCCACUAGUCCACAGGGGUUCUGGUGCCAUGGUGGGGGGUGGGUGGGGCUGAGGCCCAGAAAGCCCUGUUUGCUGGGUGUCGGGAUCAGAGACAUCAGGUGAGGGCAGAGCACAGUAGGCAAAAGUCCCCACUAGGGCUAAAGAGAGAACAAGAUGGAGUGUCUGCCCAGGGCCGAGGGAGGCCCAGCCAAGUCCUUGGACUCAUUGGCACUGAUGGUGCACAGGGCCAGGGGGAUGUCCCAGACACUGAUGGAUUCAGGUCACUCUUUUUCUGCCUUGGCACAUUGUCCUUGAAGCUGGUAGUACCCAGCGCAGGAGAGGAGGGGCUGAUAUUCAAGGCCACCUUAGUUGGGGAAGGCAGUGGUUAGGCUCUCUCUGGGGAUUAUGUCACAGAGCCUGCAUGUGUGCUGCACGAGGUUGGUGACCAUGUGUCCGCUCUGUUUUUUCCCACCUGUCCACCUGCAUGGAGUGGUUUUCGGUACAUUCACAGGUUGUACAACCAUUGCCACUAUCUAAUUCCAGAACCUUCUCAUCACCCCAACAAUACCUUCCCCCCAAGUUACCCCACCCCCUCUAAGUCCAGGCAGCCACUAAUAUAUUCUCUGUCUCUCCAGACUUGCCUUUUCUGGACAUUGCAUAUAAAUGGAAUCAUACGCUACAUGGCCUUCUGUGGCUGACUUCUUUCACUGAGCAUGAUGUUUUCUAAUAUGUCCAUUUU